CAAACUGGAGCGUGGAGAGCAGGCAGUGGGCACUGCUGAGGUGGUGGUGGAGGCAGAAUGAGCAGGCAGAUUCUCCACACACGGAGGAGCUUGAUCUGGCAGGAUUCCAGGUUGCUGGUGAGGAGGCAGAGAACAACUGAGAGGGCUGGACAGGUGAGGUGGGGCCUGAUGAGCGGCAGGCAGAGAAGUUGUACUUUAUCCUGUGGAGAGAAGGAGCCGGUGAGGGCUCUAGACUGGGAGAGGCUAGAGAGUGCUUCAAGGUAAUUAAUCAGUAAUCAGGAUGGACUUCAGGGAAGAAGAGCCUUGAGAAGCAGGGGCAUAAAUUGGAGGUUAUUGCCCCAGCCCAUCAUGAGGAACAAGAGUCUGAGCCAGAACGGUGUCAGGGAAAGGAAGGGAAGUUUGGAAGACAAAGGUUAUCUAAAGAAAGAGCAGGCAAUCUGGUCAAUACCGAUACAAGCCUUGGGCCCUGCAGAAAUUGCCCUCACAGUCAUUAUGACUCUGCUUGCCCUGGGCUCGGUCACCAUCUUCGUGGAGGAUGCUGUCUACCUGUACAAGAACACCCGUUGCCCCAUCAAGAGGAGGACUUUGCUCUGGAGCAGCUCUGCACCCACGCAGGUCGUGUCUGUGUUCUGCUGUUUUGGUCUCUGGAUCCCUCGUUCCCUCAUGCUUGUAGAAAUGGCCAUAACUUCGUUUUACUCAGUAUGCUUUUAUCUGCUGAUGCUGGUCAUGGUGGAAGGCUUUGGUGGGAAGGAGGCAGUAAUAAGGACACUGAAGGACACUCCGAUGAUGGUCCACACUGGCCCCUGCUGCUGCUGCUGCCCCUGCUGCCCCCCACUCAUGCUCACCAGGAAGAAGCUUCAGCUGCUGAUGUUGGGCCCAUUCCAGUAUGCCUUCUUCAAGAUAACACUGAGCCUGGCGGGCCUGUUUCUCAUCCCUGAUGGCAUCUAUGACCCAGCAGAUAUUUCUGAGGAGAGCAUAGCUCUGUGGAUCAACACUCUCCUCGGUGUGUCCACCCUGCUGGCCCUCUGGUCCCUGGCCAUCCUUUUCCGUCAAGCCAAGCUGCACUUGGGCGAGCAGAAUAUAGGAGGCAAAUUUGUUCUGUUCCAGGUGCUCCUCAUCCUGACCGCCCUGCAGCCAUCCAUCUUCUCAGUCUUGGCCAACAGUGGGCAGAUUGCUUGUUCACCUCCCUUUUCCUCUAAAGUCAGGUCUCAAGUGAUGAAUUGCCACCUUCUCAUACUGGAGACUUUUGUAAUGACUGUGCUGACACGCAAGUACUACCGAAGGAAAGAUAACAAGGUUGGAUAUGAGCCUUUCCCUUCCCCAGACCUGGAUUUGACUUCAAAGCCUGAGGUGGACGGUUUGGACAAUGAGCCUGUACAUAUUAAACGGGCACAAGAUUUCCUCACUAUCCCUCAACCUUGACCAAAUGGGGAUGGAUUCCAUCAUCAGCACAAGCUGGUAGAUUACAUUUGACUAUAGGAAUGAAGGAGAAUUAUGGACUAGGAUGCAAUUAUUUUGGAUCUUGCCUGGAGAAGGUAUUUUAGGUUUUAUAAUAAACAAACAGGAUAGAGUUUAAAACUCUGUAACUGGG